CUCGACUGUGUGUAACAAACUGUUGUUCGUUCCACAUCGCAUUGGAGGAUAUGGCAUAUGACUGUUCCUUCCUGGUUUAGCAUUCGACAAGAUGAAGGUUUUCGGACGAGCUGUGACGCGGACCGGGAUGCCGACGCCCGGAGCACAAGCCCCUCGCGCUCACAAGCUGACAAACGUGUUCUCGGUACCCCAUGUCUACACUCCAAGCUCUUCAUCCACCUCCCAUCCACUCGUCUCCACCCGCCGGAUCCACACGCCGCUCCCUCCACUCCGCCCCCCGUCCCUCCACCUCAGUCCAUCUCGACCACGUCCUCCCGACCGCCACCGCACGUCGUCCGCCUUCUCUAUCCACCCGCCCUCCACCGCCCUCGCUACACCCACCCGUUGCUACGGAGGCGUCACCCACACCGAGACUACCCGAGAGCCGCCCUCCUCCUCCCCCGCGCCCUUCGGCAGGAGCCUGGAGGACAUCGCGAUGGGAAGACCUUAUCUCGAGGCCUACGAGGUUAUCGAGGACUUCGCCGACGUCCUGCUUGACGAGGAGGCCAUGGUGACCGAGAGGCCCUUCAGCGGGGACGUCGCCAGAGGGCCCCCCGACGCCCCGCCCCUCCCCGCGGCCCUCAUCCCUGGCCCUAAGUCGUGGCCCCUUCUAGGAUGCCUGCCCUAUAUGCUCAGGCACCCAGCCUUCGACCCGAAUCGCGUGUACCUGUUCUGGCAAGCGACCGCGCAAGAAUUCGGUCCCAUCUUCCGGAAAGACAUGCCAGGUCAUCCGAAUCUCGUGUUCAUCACCGACCCGGAGGACGUGUUCACGAUGUUCCACACGACCAUGCUCAACCCCGUUCGACCCGGGAUGACCUCGCUCAAGAAGAUUCGCGAGGACAACCACAAGGAGAGGGAGAAGGAAGGGAGAGGCUGUCCAGCUGGCGACCUCUUCUGCGACGGCACUGGGAUUCUGGCGGAGCAGGGAGAGAGGUGGUGGCGCGUCCGGCGGCGCGUCCAGAAGCCCAUCACAGACCAGGCCAUCAUCAGCCGCUUUCUGCCGGACAUGGACGAGGUCGCGAGAGCCUUCGUCAGGAGAAUCAGGAAUUUAAGAGACGGGAACCAGGAGAUGCCACAUACCUUCAAGGACGAAAUUUAUAAGUGGUCUUUAGAAUCCUUAGCCACAGUAGCCCUCGAACGACGCCUGAACUGCUUCGAGGACGACCUCCAGGCAUCACCCGAGUCGUCGCGUCUUAUUCUCUUGGCCAAGCAGCUCCUCGAGGCUCUGCACGAGACAGAGAAUGUCAAACUGUGGCAGUAUUUCCCGACGGCUUCUAUAUCGAGGUUGAGGGAGGCUCAUGACGUGUUCAGCGAGUGCGUGACUAUCUGCUUUCUUGAGAGGAGGAGACGCCCCGCGGAGGCUGAGGGCUGUGGAGCGCUUUUCCCCCCCGGGCCCCCGGCCCCCGGGCCCCAAAGAGGGGCGGAAAAGUCCCCCAAAGUUCUGAGCGAAUUCACCGUGGGUUACAAACACGAGGAUAUUCAUCUCGUCAACAAGCUUGGUUACGGUCCCUCGCACCCGCUGAGGUUCACGCUCAGCGACAGAAACUGA